AUGUCGACCCCAACGGCCUCAGAGUUGCCCGCCCACACAGGCAACGGAAUGAAUGUUGACACCACCUACAAAUCCUGCAAGCGCUUGGUGCAGAAGAUGAACGACACGCACGCAGACGACGCCCACAGGGUCUGGAUGCGGUCCACGGAUCAGGCGACGACCACGCCUGUCAAGGGGCGGGUGGAAGGCGAGAUCCCACAGUGGCUGGAAGGAAGCCUCUACAGGGACGGCCCCGGAGUCCUCAACAUCGGCGACACUUGGUACCAUCACGUGUUCGACGGCAUGGCGGUCCUGCACAAGUUUUCCAUCAAGGACGGCGAGGCUACCUACCGCUCGCGCAUCCUGGAGAGCGACUCCUACAAGAGGAACUCGGCGGCGAACAGGAUUGUCGUCGACGAGUUCGGGACGAGAGGAUACCCCGAUCCUUGCAAGACCAUCCUGCAGAAAUUCAUGAGCACCUUCGCCGGGCCAGACCUUGACGGCAUGACAGACAACUGCGCCGUCAAUGUCUGCUUCUAUGGCGAUCAGCUGUUUGCCAUGACAGAAACCAACAAGAUGAGACGUGUUGACCCAGCUGAUUUAAAGACCGUCGGAGACAAGACCAACAUCACCAACUAUGUGGCCGUCAACAUGGCCACGGCGCACCCCCACGUGGACCCCGACGGCACCGUGUACAACAUGGGGAACUCCUUCAUGGGCGCCAAGGGACCCACAUACAACGUCAUCAGGUUCCCGCCCAAGAAGACGCUGCCCUCUGGAAAGGUCCUCAAUUCCUUCGAACAAGCGACCGUGGUGGCGUCCAUCCCGUGCCAGUGGAAAAUGCGACCCUGCUACUACCACUCCUUCUCCAUCACCGACAACUACUUCAUCCUGGUGGAGCAGCCCCUGGGGGUGUCCGUGCCCAAGCUCCUCGUCAACCACUACCGAGGGAAGUCCUUCAUGCAAGCUAUGGACUGGAUUCCUGACGCGAAGACGAAGUUCCGCGUGGUGAGGCGCAGCGACGGCCGGGUGCUGAAGGCCGACUACCAGGCGGACACCUUCUUCACCUUCCACGCCAUCAACGCCUUCGAGGAGGACGGGCACCUGGUGGUCGACCUCUGCUGCUUCGACGACGGCGCUGUAGUGAACCAGAUUUGGCUGGAAAAUAUUCUUGAACCGACGGAGACUUUCAACAAGGCUCUGCAGGCGACACCGAGGCGAUACGUUCUUCCUCUCAAUACUGAGCAAGCGACCCCCGGGAAGAACCUGGUGACUCUCCAAGGGACGAAGUGCACGGCGAGCAGAGACAAAAACGGCGCCAUCUAUUGCCAGCCGGAGGACCUAUCCCCGCACUGUAUGGAGAUGCCGCGAAUCAAUUAUAGAUUCAACGGCAAGAAAUACCGAUACAGUUACGGUUUCAUCCCCACUAAAGGUCUCAACUGUGGCACGCUGUGCAAAGUGGACGCCGAGACGGGAGAGACGCUUAAGUGGCAGCUCCCUCACUUCCAAGUGUCUGAACCCGUGUUUGUGGAGCGUCCGGGAGCCACUGAGGAGGACGACGGGGUUGUGCUCGCCUCACUACUGAAUGAGAAGGAGCAGAAGGAGGUCGCAUGGUGGUGCCUCGACGCCAAGAACGUUCAAGCAGGAGGCGCUGGUCACCUUCAAGACGCAGGGGGUCGUCACCAAGGAGUUCCACGGCCUCUUCGCCAGAUCCUGCGACCAAGUGCACCGAUACUGAGGAGGCGCAGGAUGACGUCGACCGAGAGGUUAGGUAUUUAUACUGAAGAUACUGAGGACAAGGCGGAUAGUGUGGCUCGAUACAUUUUUUUGCGCUUCUUUAUGAGACUAUGA